AUGGCUGCCAUUAGUAGCUUACACAGAUGGUCAUAUCAUCAGCGCUCUCGUCUUCCUCGAAUCUCUUCGAUUUCGGAGGCAGAUCAACCUCGACCCACUAAUCAAUUCGUAACCUUUUCGGUUCCCAUCUCCAGAAGAGACGCUAAUGUCAUCCUUCUCGGCUCGCUUCCACUGACGAGCUUCUUCGUUCUACCGCCGAGCUCUUCGGAUGCGAGAGAGAGACGGAGCAGAAAAGUUAUUCCUCUCGAGGAGUAUUCCACUAGCCCUGAAGGAUUGAAAUAUUAUGACAUUGAGGAAGGCAAAGGCCCAGUAGCCACAAAAGGAUCAACCGCUCAGGUGCAUUUCGAUUGCCGUUACAGAAGCAUCACUGCAAUUUCCACCCGAGAAUCAAAGCUUUUGGCUGGAAAUCGUAGUAUCGCUCAGCCUUACGAGUUCAAGGUUGGAUCUACGCCAGGAAAGGAAAGGAAACGUGAAUUUGUAGACAAUCCAAACGGGUUGUUCUCUGCACAGGCUGCACCAAAGCCUCCUCCAGCUAUGUAUUACAUAACCGAAGGGAUGAAAGUCGGAGGCAAGAGAACGGUGAUUGUUACUCCUGAAGCUGGUUAUGGUCAGAGAGGAAUGAACGAGAUACCGCCUGGAGCUACUUUUGAGUUAAACAUAGAGCUGCUUCAGAAAAUGGAGACCUCCCUGAGGUACUCUACGAAUUCCAGGUCUCUGAAAAUCCAUGCCAAGGAGAAGCUCUCGGUGAACUCCGACAUUCGUUUGCAGCUUCAUGGAGAGCUAGACACGGGAGUGGGAGCUCCAAGUUACUUGUGUGCGAUGUUAAGACACUUUUUCCAUGAGGGUUCAGCAAGCGUUGGAGUAGGCUUGCAUUACAAUAAACGCGAAAAGCUUCGAUGUCUUGUUCGUGGGAAAAAGAAGUUUCCUGUGAGAACUGAUGAGCUUGUAACUUUCAAUAUUAAAGGACGAUGUGAUUUUGACCAGGACUUUGUUCAGAGGAACCCGAGAGGAGCUGCUGAAUUUGAUUGGAACAUAUGGAAGUUUCAGAAAGAUCAGGAUCUACGCCUUAGAGUUGGCUACGAAAUGUUUGAGAAGGUCCCUUAUAUUCAGAUCAGAGAAAACAAUUGGACUCUCAACACGAACUUGAAAGGAAUAUGGAAUGUGAGGUUUGACCUGUGA